AUGAUCCGAGUGCUCCUCCAAGAUUGCAACGCGAGACUUCGCAAGUACCGUCAAAGGAUUGACGAAGAAAAGACCAGAUGCUGUGAGUUCAUGGGUGAGAUCAGUACGAAUCUGCUCCUGCGGAAGAUAGCUGAACAAGCCCGCGAACAGAGCAUGGUACGCGACGCAGCACUGGAAAACAAAUUUCGAAAGCUGCCCUAUCCAACGUCACCCAGAAACGACAAACGGGUGCACAACCUGUCAUCAAAGGAUCGGAUGACGAAGGAUCAGAUGCAGGUUUUACGGCACGAAGCUUCAUUUAACAUGGCUGACGCCAAACCUGUUAACAUGAUUGCAGCAGUGGAAUCAAUCCUUUGUCAGACGGAGGCAACGGAGGAGACUAAGAGUCUCAUCCGACACCAAGUGUCGUCUCUCCUGAUGGCCCACAGGCCGCGGGAAGUGCUUUCCAAGGUCGAACGUGAUGCGCUUAGAGAACUCAAAGCCGACAAAGACCUGGUCAUUGCGCCAGCGGACAAGGGGUGCUCACGGUUGCACUGGACAGGACAGACUACCUUCAAAAAGCCAAAGGUUUACUGGAGGACAAAAAGUUCUAUGUUCCAUGUGCGACCGACCCUGUAA